GCAUUGUAGUUCCAAUUAGAUUUGAACGCCGUGCUUUUUGACUGGCCGAAUUAAACUGCAAUGCCAAGUUGUUCAGCGACAUUCACAAAAUUUUUGCUAAUCGGGCGAAGUGCGCACGUGUUGGGGCGAUUAACGUUGACGUCGGCGUCUCUAAAAUUUGCAGCUAUAGAAAAUACAAAUCGUUUAUACAAUUUUCAAAAGCGUUUGAUUUCGCAAUCAGCGAAAUACCUGCAAAUUUCGAACGCGAAUAUUAGAAAGCAACUGAAAGGCUAUAAGAUGACUGAGUACACAAUUGUGGAGAAGGGGGCACCCAACUCGACAAACUACAGCAUUUACCUGAAGAAUCAGGCUGGAGCAAUCGUUUCGCCAUUGCACGACAUUCCACUAUAUGCCGAUGAAAAGAAGACUGUCCUAAAUAUGGUGGUUGAAAUCCCACGUUGGACAAACGCUAAGAUGGAGAUUAGCACAAACACACCAUUGAAUCCUAUUAAGCAGGACGUUAAAAAGGGCAAACUGCGUUUUGUAGCUAAUUGCUUCCCACAUAAAGGUUACAUUUGGAACUAUGGCGCAUUCCCACAAACUUGGGAAAAUCCCGGACAUAUCGAACCAUCCACUGGUUGCAAAGGUGAUAACGAUCCAAUUGAUGUAUUGGAAAUCGGUUAUCGUGUUGCUAAACGUGGUGAAGUGAUUCAGGUUAAGGUACUAGGCACAGUUGCUCUAAUCGAUGAAGGCGAAACAGAUUGGAAAAUAAUUACUAUUGAUGUCAACGAUCCUUUGGCAGAAAAGAUGAAUGACAUUGGUGAUGUCGACAAAUAUUUUCCAGGCUUAUUGCGUGCUACUGUGGAAUGGUUCAAGAUCUAUAAGAUUCCUGAUGGUAAACCCGAAAACAAAUUCGCUUUCAAUGGGGAUGCCAAAUGCGCUGCUUUUGCUAAUAAUAUUAUAGAGGAAACAAACAAAUUCUGGAAGGGUUUGAUUACUAAGGAGUUGGAAGGUGGUGAAAUUUCUAUCACUAACACCACAAACGCAGACACACCUGGUUUCAUUAAAAACGAAGAAGCUGAGCAAAUUUUGGCUUCUGCGGCAGAUGGGGGUGAACCAGAAGAGCUGUCAGAUACAGUCGAUAGAUGGCAUUUCGUCCACUUGAAGUAAUAACAAAAAUCUGUAAGACGGCGUGAAACUUAUCAUACGCCCUGGUUUUGCCUUUAAAUAAAAUGGUCUGAACAUGAAAUAUACAUAUGUACAUAUUUAUGGGAAAAUUAAAUGCAUGAAAAAUAAUAAACUCAAGGGGAUAAAACGAAA